AUAAAUAAAAUGUAGCCAAUAGGAUGCGUAAGUGAGUGUUGAACAGGGUUCGCAGAGGUCUCAUUUACAUAUCCUUCUGUAAUGGCGGACCACGGAGAGGGAGACGGUAUUGGAUUCGACGAAAACAGGAUGGCGCAGCAGGCCCUGCGUUUCCGAGGCCCCGCCCCGCCCCCCACGGCUGUGAUGCGGGGCCCUCCCCCGCUACUGCGCCCCCCGCCUCCGCCUUUCGGAAUGAUGAGGGGGCCCCCGCCCCCUCCACGCCCACCAUUUGGACGCCCGCCCUUUGACCCCAGCAUGCCACCCAUCCCUCCCCCGGGGGGGAUGCCCCCGCCGCUGGCCCCCCCACACUUGCAGCGGCCGCCGUUCAUGCCUCCACCAAUGAGCAACAUGCCCCCACCCCCUGGCAUGAUAUUCCCUCCCGGGAUGCCCCCCGUGCCUGCGCCUGGCACCCCCACCCUGCCCCCCACAGAGGAGAUCUGGGUGGAGAACAAGACCCCCGAGGGGAAGGUGUACUACUAUAACGUGCGCACACGGGAGUCGGCCUGGUCUAAGCCUGAGGGGGUGAAGGUGAUUCAGCAGUCGGAGCUCAGCCCCCUGAUGGCCAAUCAGGCUUCAGCGGCGGUGUCCUCCAGCGCCAUCAGCCUGCCAACAGGAAGCUCUACCGCCACUGCCCCAGCGUCUGCCUCCACCCAGACCCCCUCUCCGACCCUGCCCGCCAGCCCCGCCCCCAGCACCGCCCCCACCGCCCCCUCCCCGGCGGUGUCCCAGCCUAUCGCCACUUCAGCUUCCCUGGAGAUCCCCCCUGCAGUCAGUGCCCCUGCCAGCGUCUCCCUGGCGACAGCGAUCAGUGUCUCCACGGUGACGGCCACGGUGACGCCGGUGCAGACGCUGUCCCAGCUGCUGCCCCAGAGCCUGCCCCACGCCCUGCCGCAGCCCACAGCCGCCAUUCCCGCCUUCCCGCCCGUCAUGGUGCCGCCGUUCCGUGUGCCCCUGCCGGGCAUGCACAUCCCGCUGCCCGGAAUGCUGCCAGCCAUGGCCCCGCCCCUAGUUCCCAUGAUGCACCCACAGCUGGCCAUCGCGGCCACGCCCGCCGCGCUGGCCGGCCCCCUCCCGCUGCUGGAGUGGACCGAGUACAAGACCGCCGACGGGAAGACGUACUACUACAACAACCGCACGCUGGAGUCCACCUGGGACCGGCCCCCCGAGCUCAGAGACAAGGAUAAGGAUGCAGAGAAAGCUAAGGACAGGCCGCCGGUGGAGGACCUGGAGCCCAUGGACAUGGAGGAAGAGGAGCCCAAAGUUGAGCCUCCCAAAGAGAUCAAAGAGGAGCCCAAGGAGGUGGAGCUGACUGAGGAGGAACGGGCCGCACAGAAAGCCAAACCUGUGGCCACUAACCCCAUCCCCGGGACCCCCUGGUGUGUGGUUUGGACCGGUGACGACCGAGUGUUCUUCUACAACCCCACCACGCGGCUGUCCAUGUGGGACCGGCCGGAGGAGCUGAUUGGCCGGGCUGACGUGGAUAAAAGCAUCCAGGAGCCACCACACAAGAAGGGCCUGGAGGACGGCCGUAAGAUGGACCACGCAAUGGCAAAAUCACAGAAGCGAAUGAGACCGGAGGAAGCGCUGCAAUGGAUGACGAGCGCAGACCCGAUGGAGUCCGACGGGGGUUCGGAGGUCGAGGUGGAGAUCAACGACGACGAUUGGGGGCCUUCGUCCGAGUCAGAGUCCGAGCCUGAGCCAGCUCCUGUGGCCGUGACGCCUCCGGUUCGGCGCAGGACGACCAGGAAAACCGCGGCGGGGCGAGGGAGGGCACCGGAGACGGGGCGGGAGGGCACCAUCUGGACUGAGCAGAGGGGCGACCCGCGGCCCGGUGCUGUACCUGCGUUCUGUAACGUUCUGACAGAGAAAGGGGGACCCAUGGCGAAAUCACACAAGCGAAUGAGACCGGAGGAAGCGCUGGAAUGGAUGACGAGCGUAGACCCGAUGGAGUCCGACGGGGGUUCGGAGGUCGAGGUGGAGAUCAACGACGACGAUUGGGGGCCUUCGUCCGAGUCCGAGCCUGAGCCAGCUCCUGUGGCCGUGACGCCUCCGGUUCGGCGCAGGACGACCAGGAAAACCGCGGCGGGGCGAGGGAGGGCACCGGAGACGGGGCGGGAGGGCACCAUCUGGACUGAGCAGAGGGGCGACCCGCGGCCCGGUGCUGUACCUGCGUUCUGUAACGUUCUGACAGAGAAAGGGGGACCCAUGGCGAAAUCACACAAGCGAAUGAGACCGGAGGAAGCGCUGGAAUGGAUGACGAGCGUAGACCCGAUGGAGUCCGACGGGGGUUCGGAGGUCGAGGUGGAGAUCAACGACGACGAUUGGGGGCCUUCGUCCGAGUCCGAGCCUGAGUCCGAGCCCGAGCCGGCUCCUGUGGCCGUGACGCCUCCGGUUCGGCGCAGGACGACCAGGAAAACCGCGGCGGGGCAAGGGAGGGCACCGGAGACGGGGCGGGACGGCACCAUCUGGACUGAGCAGAGGGGCGACCCGCGGCCCGGUGGUGUACCUGCGUUCUGUAACGUUCUGACAGAGAAAGGGGGACCCAUGGCGAAAUCACACAAGCGAAUGAGACCGGAGGAAGCGCUGGAAUGGAUGACGAGCGUAGACCCGAUGGAGUCCGACGGGGGUUCGGAGGUCGAGGUGGAGAUCAACGACGACGAUUGGGGGCCUUCGUCCGAGUCAGAGUCCGAGCCUGAGCCAGCUCCUGUGGCCGUGACGCCUCCGGUUCGGCGCAGGACGACCAGGAAAACCGCGGCGGGGCGAGGGAGGGCACCGGAGACGGGGCGGGACGGCACUGUCUGGACUGAGCAGAGGGGCGACCCGCGGCCCGGUGCUGUACCUGCGUUCUGUAACGUUCUGACAGAGAAAGGGGGACCCAUGGCGAAAUCACACAAGCGAAUGAGACCGGAGGAAGCGCUGGAAUGGAUGACGAGCGUAGACCCGAUGGAGUCCGACGGGGGUUCGGAGGUCGAGGUGGAGAUCAACGACGACGAUUGGGGGCCUUCGCCCGAGUCCGAGCCCGAGUCCGAGCCUGAGCCAGCUCCCGUUGCCGUGAAGCCUACUGUUGGGCGCAGAACGACCAGGAAAACCGCAGCCGGUCGAGAGAGGGCGCGGGACGGCACUGUCUGGACCGAGCAGAAGGGUGACGUGCGGCCCGGUGGCCUACCUGCGUUCUGUAACGUUCUGACGGAGAAAGGGGGACCGACGCGCCACGCCAAAGCCAAGAUCGCCAGUAGACUGGACAGCUUCAUGUGCCUGUUCGACCUCAGCAUGCUGAUGCACAUCAGGGACUGCACGGUUACCGAGGCCAACCGAGUCCCCGGGCGGGAAGCGUGGUGUUUGUCCAUCGACGAGCUGAAAGCGUUUAUUGCCAUUCUGUACGUGCGCGGGGUGACUUGCGGGAGAAACGCGGAUAUGGAGAGCUUCUGGUCGGACAGGUUUGGACACAGUUUUUUCAAAGACACCAUGCCGCGGAACCGCUUCAGAGAAAUCAUGCGAUUCCUGCGUUUCGACUGCAGGGAGGAGAGGCUCGCGCGACAGCCGACCGACAGGUUUGCGUUGGUGUCGCAGAUUUGGGACGGCUUCGUGCGAAACGCCGCUCUGUCCUACAGGCCGGGACGGAACAUAACGGUGGGCACGCAGUUGUUCCCGACGAAAUCGCGAUGCCCUUUCACUCAGUAUAUGGCAAAGAAGCCGGACAAAUUCGGCAUCAAGUUUUGGCUGGCUGCGGACGUGGCGGCUAAAUACAUGCUGAAUGGCUUCCCGCAUUUGGGCAAGCAUGCCUGUCGACCCGAGGGACGGCCGCUGUCCGAGCACGUGGUGAUGACGCUCGUCGAGCCGUUCGUCGGCGAAGGCCGCACCGUGACCGUCGACGGUUACUUCACUUCGCUUUCUCUGGCGAACAGGCUGAUGGCCAAGAAGACCGGCCUGCUCGGCCCCGUCGGCAGGAAGAGACGAGGGAUGCCUUCCUGUGCGCUGAAAAUCACCCCAGCACCGCUGUACUCCACCAGCGUGAUGACGAGCGGCCACGCUACGCUGACCGUGUAUCAGAGUACGAGAAGCAAGAACGUCUGCCUGCUCAGUACCAUGCGCCCGACCGUGAGCGUCGGCCGUGACCCGAAGAGAAAACCGGAGACCGUAACAGACUACAACCACACGAAGGCCGGCGUGGACGCGCUCGACCAAAAGGCGAGGCUGUACACCACGAAAGCGGCGACUCGCCGCUGGCCCGUCGCCGUUUUCUACAACGUCCUGGACCUGGCGGCCGUCAACGCGCACGUGCUGUUCGGACGGUGUCUGGACAAGGCCGAGAGCCGGAGAGACUUCAUCCUGGAGCUGGCCUGCGAGCUGCGUGAAAAGCACAUGAGAUCCAAGGCGCUGGCGGCGGCUGUCAAGAGGGAAGCCGCGGUAGCGGCGUUGAUUCGCACACCGAUCGUGUCGCCUCGCACGCCCGUCGCUCCGCCUCGCACGCCCAUGGGUCCCGGGAAGAGGACGCACUGCCAGGUGGCCAGGUGCGCUCGGAAUAAGGCUAGCGACUUCUGCGUGCAGUGCAGCCGGUACGUGUGCGGACCCUGCUCGUACAAACUGCCCAAGCUGUGCGUUCUCUGCGUGUCCAAUGAGCACGAGGAGAUGGACUGCUCCAGCGCGAACGCAUCAGACUCCAAAUAGCGGGAGCUGGGGAAGGGAGAAGCCAGCUGAAUUUAUCACUGAAGAAAGAUUUUUUAAAAACAUUUCACUUUGUAUUUCUUUUUCCAUUUUGUGUUUUGCCUUGUUUUGCAUGCUAUAGCAUUUUCCUCAGUGUUCAUGUAAUAUACCUUCAUACAUUUUUUCCCUUUGCCUAUAUUACAAAACUGCUAAAAUUGAUGAAUAAAAAUUGUUGCAAUCGA